GAGAGAGAGAUGUUUUAGUUGUUUAGAUGUUUCUGGGCCCCAAAAGAUGCUCCACUAUGAAAUAAGUGUUCUGUGUUUAGUCUCAAACUGAUGGAUUUAGAAUUUUGCUGCCCGUUUCAAGGUUGUUUUUGAUUAUGGGGGGUGAGUUCAGGAAGUUCUGUGUGCGAUUCUGCUGUUGCUGCUGUUGUGAGGAUGAUGAUGUGGAGGAAAAGAGACCUUUACUCAGUAAUGACACAUUAGAAUAUUUUGACCGUGAGGCGAAAAAGAGGCGGGACCAAGAGACGAACCUGUGGAAUGAGCCAGGAGACCCCUCCCACUCUGAGAGAGAUGACGACCGAACGCUGUAUAACCUUCUGCAGAACAGAGCAAAAACACGCCAAGGGUCAACGGGCUACCGGCGCAUGAGUAUCGGCAUUGAGGCCAUGAGAGAAGUGAGAAGAGAAGUGAGAGACAAAUGGAAGAUGAUCUUAGAGAAUUUGGGAUUCAUGGCUGAAGCAGAGUCUCUGUUGACGGUGACGGUCAGCACAUCAUACGACCGCAUGAGAAACGCAGCGACUGCUCGAACGCUUCUGCAAACAUUGCACACCGAAACAUCCAUAUUCAACAGCAAAGAACCUCCACCUGAGAGAUACCUUUUCAUCCUGGAUCAGCUCAUAUAUCUGGACGCUGCUGAAGAUUUUGUGGCCAAGGCUCGCCUUUUCUACCCCCCUAAAGAUGAUGACGACGACGAAGAUGAAGAGAACAUAAGCGCACUCAGCGCAGUGAAUCUUCCCCUUCUGCUGUCCCGUAUGAACCAGAACAUGUCUGGAGGCGAGGAUGAGGAGGGCGAUGCCACUGGACCAGAAGAAUAACACAGAGACUGGAUUGCGUUUAUGCUUUGCAAAUCAGCUCGAAGGGUUUUUGAAUGUAAAUGGUUUGGACUGAUGUCCAAGUCAAAGGCUCAGGUCAAGAUGUUUUAUGAGAAUAAAAUAGCAAAUCUGUAGAAUUGUCAAAAAUGUGAUCAUUGAACACAGGAUAGCAAAACAUGGACCGCGAGCUUACAAAUAUAUGAAUGUUGAUACAGUAUUUGUACAUUAGAGUAAGAGAUGCUACAGAGAAUUUGAAUAAACAGA